UUAAAUAGAACAAAAAGAGGAUUAAUUAAUUAGCUACAAAUUGUAAAAAAAAUAAAGCCAAAGAGAUUUGAAAUGAAAUUUGUUUUUAUAAUUGUGAUUUUUUUACUGAAAACUUUCAACUGCCAGUAUUGGUAUUUGUUUGCUUAAAAUUUGGGGAAUGGUUUUUCUCAAACAGACGGUUGGUCAACAACAAAUUCUUAAUGCGAUACUUCUUCGUGCAAUAAUUCAAAUCUUUUAGGUGGUUCUAGUUGUUUUUAAGAUCAAACAAAAGCUUUUAAAACUUUUAAUAAUCUACCCUAGCAUUACUAAGUUAAAAUUGAUUUCACUUUAUGGUUUCUUGGCCUUUAUGAUGGUGAUUAAGUUACAGCAACAGUAGGAGGCACUUCUAAGUCUUACUAAGCAUAUUAUGAUUUUAAUAACUAUUAUUUAUGUGUUGAUGGUUAAGACUAAACAAAGUAAGGAUCAGUAGUCACUUCAGAUUCUAAUUUAUCAAUAAGCGUAACUUUUGAAGGGCAAAUUAAUUAUUAAUAUUUCUCUUAAGGCUGGGGAGUAAGCGACUUUAGUCUUUCUGUUUAGCUUUGUAAUCCUACUUGCAAUUAAUGUAAUGGAGUUGAAGCCUAUUCUUGUAUUUCUUGUUGGCCCAAUUCUACUUUAGUCAAUUAUUAAGGUAAUUCAGGAUUUUGCCAUUGUAACCCUGGUUAUUAUGCAGUAACUAAAGAUAUACCGUGUUUUAAUCCUCCUUGUUUUUAGUGCAAUUAAUGUGAUAGUUCAUGUGCUACUUGUACAGCAGGAGAUUAGUACUCGUGUGUAAUCUGCGCUGCUAAUAACUAUAAGCAAUAUUAUGGAUCUGAUUUAGUUAGUAAUUCUGAUCCAAGAUACCAGAAAUCUCUAUGUUAACCUGCAUGCUUUGCAGCAAAUUAUUACAUAGACUAAGAUAGUCAAUCUUGUUUGAAGUGUGCAGAUUCAUGCUUAACUUGUAAUGGAUAGUUAGAUUCUAAUUGUUUAACUUGUCCUCCUAAUUUUUAUUUAGAUGGAUAAAGCUUUGGUUAUUGCGUUUCAACUUGCAGUAGCUCAUACUACAAAGAUGACUCCACUAUGAAAUGCUUAAAAUGUAACUCUAACUGCUUAGAAUGCACUUAAAAUCAACCUGAUUUCUGUUCUAAAUGUACAAAUGGUAAUUAUUUGACUAUAGGUACUGGAUUAUGUGUGUCAGAUUGUGGUUAAGGAUAAUGGGGCAGAAAUACAGACUGGUCAUGCUAGUAUUGUAACUCUUCUUGCUAUACUUGUUCUUAAUCUGCAACAAAUUGUACUUCUUGCACAGGAGUAUUAUAUUUGUAUAAUAAUUAAUGCCUUAAUGACUGUCCUGAUGGUUAUUAUAAAGGGAUUAAUAAUACUUGUUAGUAGUGUGAUCCAAGUUGCAAGACUUGUGAUAAUGCAGGCAAUACUAGUUGUUUAAGUUGUUCUCCAUCUUACGGUUAUCUUAAAAAUGGAAUGUGCAUUUAAUGUCCAAUUUAAUUUUAUGGUGAAAAUAAUAAUCAAACUUGCCAACCUUGUCAUUCUAGUUGUUACUCUUGUGAUGCAGGAACUUCAUAAGAUUGCUUAUCGUGUUCAACUAAUUUCUUAUAAAAUAGAUAAUGUAUUCCUGUUUGUAGUGAUGGAUACUGGGGAAAUAGCUCAACUCAUACAUGUGAUUAAUGUGAUCCUAAUUGUUUAACUUGUCAACCUCAAGGUCCAAGCACAAGCUGCUUAAGCUGUUCAUCCCCACUUUUUUUAAAAAGUUUUACAUGUAUUUCUUCCUGCAAUCCUAUUGGAGAAUAUGGAGAUACAAAUACAAGAAAAUGUACUCCAUGUGAUAAUUCAUGCUAUACAUGCAACUAAUAAAAUAAUAACAACUGUCUUUCAUGCACAGGUUUGCUUUAAUUUUACUAAAAUUAAUGCUUAAAUACCUGUUCACCUUCUUAUUAUGGGUAUAAUAAUGUAUGCCAAAAACAGUGUCCAAAUAACAUGUAUCCUGAUGACUCUACAAAUUUAUGUUAACCAUGCAAUCCAAUAUGUCCAACUUGUUUUGGAUCGUAAACAAGCUAGUGCUACUCAUGUUAAGAUCCUUACUAUUUAGAUGUACACACUUGUGUUUUGUAAUGUCCGUCUAAUAAGUAUAAGAAUAUUUAAAACUAAAAAUGCGACUUAUGCGAUUUAAGUUGCUUAACAUGCGAUGGUGGAUCAAACUAAAAUUGUACUUCUUGUAGUCCAACAUUAUAUUUUGGGAAUAAUUAAUGCUUUAGUUCAUGUCUUACUCCUUACUUUAGCUCUACUGUUACUAUGUAGUGUGUGCUACAAUGCCCUGGAGGGUAUUGGGGUGAUGUCAAUAGUCCUUAGAGAUUGUGCUAACCUUGUAAUCCCUAAUGUGAUCUUUGCUAUGGCGGGACUUUUGCUUAAUGUACUAGAUGUUCUGCAAAUUAUUAUUUGUUUUAAAACACUUGUGAUAGUUGUCCUAUUAAUUAUUUUCCAAAUACAGAUACCAGAAAGUGUGAUAAAUGUUUUCAAACGUGUUAAAGUUGUAAUGGGCCAUCUUCAUCUAAUUGCUUGAGCUGCAAUACAGGGUAUUUCUAUUUGCCUGAUACAUAAACUUGCUAUAGUGUAUGUCCAAUCCCUUAUUUCUCUCAUUUUACCUAGCCUAAUUGCUUGGUAUCUUGCCCAAAUAACUACAUUAAGCCUCUCUAUGGUGAUCCGAAAACUAGAGAAUGCUUAAUUUGUGAUAUCUCUUGUUAAAAAUGCACAGGUCCAUCAAACCUUAACUGCAUUAAUUGUGCAUAAGGGUAUUACAGUUAUAGUUAAAAUAAAAGUUGCGUUCUAACAUGUCCUGAUGGUACUUAUGCAGAUGCACAAUCAAUGUAAUGUCUAUCUUGUGACUCUUCUUGUGCUACAUGCAACUAAGGAUCUUCUGGAAGCUGCUUAUCGUGUCUUUUACCUAGUGUUCUAUAUAAUGGCUAAUGCAUUUAAAAUUGUCCUAAUUCUUUGUAUAAAGAUUUAGAUUUAAAAUAAUGUGUUUAAGAUUGUACUGCAAGAUUUCCUAAUAAAUAUCCUAAUAAAUCUGAUAUGACUUGCCAAUAUUGUAAUCCUUAUUGCUAAUAAUGCACAGGACCUCUUAGUACCUAAUGCAUAACUUGCAAAAAUCCUUAUUUAAAAUUUAAUACUUCAUGCUUGAGUCAGUGCUAAUAAGGAACUUACUUCAAUAGCUAAAAAGUAAAUAGCAAUGACAAUGACUGUAAAUAGUGCAAUCCUGCUUGCUUAGAUUGCUAUGGUCCUGAAAGCAAUAAUUGUGUUACUUGUAGUCCAACUCUGUAUACUUUGACAUAAAAUGGAUCCACUAUAUGUCUUUCUGAUUGCCCAGAUUUGUAUAUUAAAAACUAAUAAAAAAUGACAUGUACUACCUGCCCUUAACUAACAUAUUUCAAUUAAGGAUAAUGCUAGAAAUGCCAUUAUUCUUGUUAAUCUUGUUUUGGUUCUUUUUAAAAUUAAUGCUUAGCUUGCUAGAACACAAGAGGAUCAGAUUCUUCUAAUAAUCCUUUCUAGGGAAUAUGCUCUUGUUAAUCAGGCUAUAUCGAAACAUAUUAAAGUGAGUGUGAAUUAACACCUUAAAAUGUUUCUGCUGCCACAAAGGCAACUUAUGCAUUUGCAAUAUCAGGAACAACAACUUCUAUUUUAAUUGGGAUUUUAGGAAGAAAUAUGUUUUUUAUUUAUAAUAUUUUAGAAGCAGCUCAAUUUACUAGCUUUUUAAAAUAUAUUAACGUUAAUUACCCUCUCAACCUUUAAAGUAUUUUUGAGAAACUUUACAUAUCUUAAAUUUCAAGCAUAGUUGAUUUGAAUCCUCAAUCUUCUUCUAGUACUAAUUAAGCUUAAAGCAAUAGCACAACCAAAAAUAGGAUGCUUGAGUGGAAUUCCUAUGAAAAUAGUAAUUUUAUAUUUGAAGUUUAAGGAAAUAAUUCUCCUUUGUGGUAGAGUUUCUUCUUUUUGAUUCUAUUGAAUAUCCUUUCAUGGGUUUUUGUGUUAGGGUUGAAUGUGCUUGUAAUAAACUGGAAGAUAAAAUACAACUAAGUAUUUCUGAUUGAAAAAUUAAGAUGCUGGACAAGUUACGGAUUACCUAUUCAGACAUUUUUGAGAACAUCAAUGGAGGCAAUUUUGUUUAUUGUUUUGUGUUUUAAACAAGCUUAAUAAUUAUCAGCAGUAGACUGGAUAUUUUGUUUAUAUUUCUUACUUUUAUUAGUUACAAUUAUUGUAGUAAUGAUCUAUCAAAAUAUUUAACCUGUAAAGCUAGAUUCAGAAAAUUAAUAUGUAAUAUAGAUACUCAAGCUGAAGAAAAACAAAGUUAAUGAUGAGCAAGCUUAAAUUGAAAAAACUAAUCAAACAUACCCUCAUCCUUUCAGAACUUUGUGGCAAUUCACUAAGAAUGAUAAAAUUUCUAGAAAUUAUUUUGUAAUAAACUUAGUAUCUAAAAUAUUUAUUGUUGUUUUAACAGUUGAAUUAGUAUCAGAUCCUUCUAAAUAAAUUUUAUCAAUAGCUAUUAUUAAGGCAAUAUAUUUCCUGGUUGUUUUAUUAAUUCGACCAAUGGUUAACUUCUUAUUUAAUUCUUUUAUCAUUUUUAAUGAGCUAUUGUUAUCAGUAAUAUGCUUUUUAAUUUUUAAGAUCUCAGUUAGCUCGAAUGAAGAUUAAAAUAACUAUGGAUUAGCAGUAUUAAUUCUGGUUUUAAUCUUAUUCUUAUUGAAUCUCUUAGGAUCAUUAAUUAGCUUGAUUUUUAUACUGAAGAAACUUUUUUAUUUAUUUAAAAAUAAAGAAAAAAAUUAAAAACCCAUUUAAAUUUCUUAAGAUGAAUCGAGAGUUGAUAAUUUAAACAAAUCCCAGCAAAUCGAUAUGUUUAAUUACGAUUAGUAGUUAAGAUAAAAAAAGGCAUCCACAAAUAUAAUAGACAAUUCUUCAACAAUAUAGAUACAUAGAGACAAUUAGGAAGAUUUUGAUUAGUCUAAAACUAUCUAAAACUAAACAGUUUUUUAAUAUGAUUAUGAAAAUCCAUUUCAAUUCUUAGAAAUUUAAUCUUCUGAUAGAUAAAACAACAAAAAUAUGAAAAAAUCUAAAAAAAAUGACUAGCAUUAAUAAAGUAGCCCUUAAAUUAAGAAAAAUUAAGAGGAUCAUAUUGAAAUAAAUAAAUUGGGAGAUAAUAAAAUGAAUGAUUACGAUGUACCUAAUUAAGAUAAUACUGAAAUAAACUAUAGUGAAAAUAAUUAAUAAUAAAUGUCUAUCAAAUAGUCGAGUUCAGAUUAUAUUAAAAAUAACUCUCAUCCCAAAUUGAUGAAAGAAACUCUUAGCAAUAAAUAGCUACCAAAUAAUUAUAAACAGUAAAGGUAGCAAAAACAUUAAAAAGAAUAUCAACAAUAAAACGAGCGUUUAAAAUAAUAAUAAUAAAAAGAGUAGCUUUAGUAAUCAGAUAAACUAAAUUGUUAAAUUUCCUAAAAUUAAUAAGAAUUUAGAGAAGGAAGUAAUUAGAAUGCUGAUGAUUUAUCAGACUAUAUUUAUAAAGCAAAUGUUUAAUCUUAAACACCUGUGACUUAAUUUAUUUCAUUUACUCCUAUUUAGAAUAAUAAUGUAAUACAAAAUAAUGAUCUUGAAAAUCAUUUUGAGUUAGAAAAUACCUCAAAUAAAUAAAAAUCUCCCCUUAAUUUGUUCCCAAUUUAAAAGCCAAAAUAAGUUGAAUAAUUUUUUAAAUUAGAAGAUUUAGAAAACACAGACUUAUCAUAAAUGAAUAAAUCUCCUUAGAUAAAAAAAGUAUCACAAAGAUCAGCUGGUAACUUAGGGCAUUUAUAAGAAAUAGAUUAGUAAUAAAUAAAAAAAUCUCCAAUCACAAAAAAUGCAUAAAAUAUUCAUACAAAAUAGGAGUAUUAAUUAACUGAUAAUUUUGAUAAAAUAGAAGAUUUUUAAGAUACUGAAUUAUUAUCUAUAAAUAGAUCACCAUUUAUCUAAAAGAUACCAUCAUAAUUUUUGAUUAAAUAAGAUAACUAAAUGCUUGAUAAUUUUUAAAAAUCACUAUUUAUUGAAGACAAUCAAUUUUAAUAAUUAAAUAGAACUCCUUAAACAAAAAAAGCUUAAUAAUUGUAAAUCAAAUAUGAUAAAAAGCCUGAUGAAGGUUAUGAGGAAAAAAUUGAAAAUUUAAAUAUCAAAGAAGAAGAAAUCUCUAAAAAUUAAUCAUCUUUCAUAAACAACUUGGCUAGUAAAAAAUUAAAAAGAAAGAAAGUCAGAGAAGACAUGAAAACAUAUAAAAAAGAAAAUAAAGAGGAAGAUGAUAGCCAAAAUAAGACUUCUUUUAUUAAUGAUAUAUCCAAACAAAAAUUAUAAAAGAAAAAAACUAUGCAAUUAAAAAUUAAUGAAAAUUAUGAAAAUUGA